GGGACAAGUAAGACUUCACUGAAACAUGUUGUGGACAAUAUUCUUACUACUCAAUGGACUGCUCAUACUAGUUCUCCUCUACUCCACUCGCACAAGACAGAAUAAUGAGCCUCCUCUGGACAAAGGAUUCCUUCCGUGGUUGGGCCACGCUCUCGAGUUUGGAAAAGAUGCUGCAAAGUUUCUGGCCCGGAUGAAGGACAGACAUGGGGAUAUUUUCACAGUCCGUGUUGCUGGUCAUUACGUGACGGUGCUGUUGGAUCCAAGCUCUUUCGAUGCCGUAAUGAACGACACAGUCCUCUUGGACUUCACCCGCAGCAGAAACCAGCUCAUGAAAAGGAUCUUCAGUCUGCAGCUGCCGAGUCUCAAACCUAGAGCAGAGAGGCAGUGGAUGGAACAGCAUUUUCAAGGUGUCAGUCUCUCAAACCUCAGCAGCUCCAUGAACACUCACCUUCAGAACCUGCUGCUGAGAGACCAGAAAGACUGCAACCCUUCAGAGUGGAGGCAGGAUGGACUCUUUAACCUUUGUUACAGCCUUCUCUUCAGGGCCGGGUAUCGUACAUUGUUUGAGAGGAGAGGCAAUGCUUCUGCGGUCUACAAAGAAUUUCGCAAGUUUGAUGAUCUUCUCGCCAAACUGGCUCGUUGCUCACUCAAGCGAGAGGAAAGCAAAACAGCCAACUCAUGCCGGGUGCGACUGUGGGAGCUGCUGUCCCCAAACUGUCUGAGCGGAGGGUCAGGGUCAAACUCUUGGCAGCAGAGCUACCACGACUUCCUGCAGGAGGAGGGAGUGGAUGCAGAAAUGCAGAAAAGAGCUCUACUUUUGCAGCUGUGGACCACACAGUGCAAUGCUGGACCUGCAGCCUUUUGGCUCCUUGGCUUCCUGCUCACUCACCCUGAGGCCAUGGAGGCUGUUAAAACGGAGAUCAGAGGCCUCACUCUCCGCGACACCACCCUGCAGCACUCUCCCAUCACCCUGCUGGAAGCACACAGCACACCUGUGCUUGACAGCGUUCUGACCGAGACCCUACGGCUCACCGCUGCGGUAAUGAUAAGCAGAGAGGUGGUGCAGGACAAGAGCCUGCACAUGGCCAGUGGACAGGACUACCACCUCAGAAAGGGGGACAGAGUUUGUCUGUUCCCCUUCCUCAGCCCUCAAUUGGACCCACAGAUACAUCAAGAACCACAGAUUUUCAAGUAUGACCGCUUCUUAAAUGAUGAUAUGACAGUGAAGGAUAAAUUCUACAAAGAUGGAAAAAUGCUGAAGUACUACACCAUGCCCUGGGGUGCAGGGAGUAGCAUCUGUGUUGGGAAAGAGUUUGCUGUUACAGCCAUUAAACAAUUUGUGUUCUUGCUCUUGACCUAUCUUGAUCUGGAGAUGUGUGACCCAGAGGCUACACUGCCACCAGUUAAUCCCAGUCGCUACGGCUUUGGGAUGCUUCAGCCGGACGGAGAUCUGCAGGUCCGAUUCAGACUGAAGAGGACACUGCGUGAAAUGUGACUCAAUAAUUUGAUUAACUGUACAUAAUUGUAAAAUUGUUCAUUGAUAAAGCAUUUGUUUUAUGUACUGAAGCACUGCUACCAUUUUAUAUUUACUCAGUGACUCUAUGUAUCAAAUUUAACUUGUUUGUUAUUAAUAUUUUCAAUAAAAAAGGAAAAACAUAAGUAAACCUGA